AUGACGGUCGAGUCACCCUUUGGAAUCCUGGCGAUUUGGCUGGUCACCCGGAGCCCACGGGGGCCUUUGGACCCGAGCCGCCGGGGAACCCGUCCUGAUGCUUUGUUGACAGCUGCCUUUUUGUACCAAUGGCUAGAAGCAGAUCGCCAUGGCAAGAGCCAAGAUGCUGCAAAUACGACUUCAGGUGAAAAUUUUGACCAGAGUCCUUUGAGAAGAACAUUCAAAUCCAAAGUUUUGGCGCACUAUCCUCAGAACAUAGAAUGGAACCCAUUUGAUCAAGAUGCAGUAAACAUGUUGUGCAUGCCGAAAGGUCUGUCUUUCAGAACACAGGCUGACAAUAAAGACCCUCAGUUCCACUCAUUUAUAAUCACCCGUGAAGAUGGUUCUCGCACAUAUGGUUUUGUUCUCACUUUUUAUGAAGAAGUAAGCAGCAAGCAGAUCUGCACGGCCAUGCAGACACUCUACCAGAUGCACCAUGCCGAGCAGUACAGCGGCCUGUACGCCUCGUCCUCCUGCAGCAUGGACUCCCUGGCAAGCAGUAUUGAUGAGGGAGACACAACGUCCCUCCUGAAACUCCAGCGCUACAACUCCUAUGAUAUCCACAGAGACACCCUCUAUGUGUCCAAGAGCAUAUGCUUGAUCACGCCACUGCCUUUCAUGCAGGCCUGCAAGAAAUUCCUCAUCCAGCUUUACAAGGCCGUGACUUCCCAGCAGCCCCCACCCUUGCCACUGGAGAGCUACAUUCAUAACAUUCUCUAUGAGGUCCCCCUUCCGCCACCAGGGAGAUCCCUGAAGUUUUAUGGUGUUUAUGAACCUGUCAUCUGUCAGCGGCCUGGACCCAAUGAACUCCCCCUCUCUGACUACCCUCUUCGAGAGGCCUUUGAACUCCUGGGAUUAGAGAACUUAGUGCAGGUGUUUACCUGUGUACUUCUAGAAAUGCAGAUCCUUCUCUACUCACAAGAUUAUCAGCACCUGAUGACCGUGGCAGAAGGCAUCACUACACUUCUCUUCCCAUUUCAGUGGCAGCACGUUUAUGUGCCCAUUCUCCCUGCCUCUCUACUACACUUUCUUGAUGCUCCUGUCCCUUAUCUGAUGGGUCUUCAGUCCAAGGAAGGAACUGACCGUUCUAAACUGGAACUUCCUCAAGAGGCUAACUUGUGUUUUGUGGAUAUCGAUAACCAUUUUAUUGAAUUGCCUGAGGAGUUUCCACAGUUCCCCAAUAAAGUUGAUUUUAUCCAGGAACUCUCUGAGGUUCUUUUUCAAUUUGGCAUUCCUCCAGAGGGCAGCCUCCACAGCAGUGAGAGUGCCACCAAAUUGAAGAAUCUAGUUCUGAAAGAUCUGGUCAAUGACAAAAAGAAUGGCAAUGUGUCUACCAAUAACCUCAGCAUGUAUGAGCUCCUGAAGGGCAAUGACACUAUAGCCCGCCUGCAGGCUCUAGCCAAGCGGACUGGGGUGACUGUAGAAAAAAUGGACCUCUCCUCCUCUCUGAGUGAAAAAGAAAAGGAUUCGAAGCUGCAGUGUGAAGAGGUGGAGCUUCGGGACUACCAGCUCAAUGUACAGCUGCGAGAGGUCUUCGCCAACCGUUUUACUCAGAUGUUUGCUGACUAUGAAGCAUUUGUGAUUCAGACGGCCCAGGACAUGGAAUCUUGGCUCACCAAUCGGGAACAGAUGCAGAACUUUGACAAAGCUUCUUUCCUGUCUGACCAGCCUGAGCCUUACCUGCCAUUUCUUUCACGCUUCAUUGAAACUCAGAUGUUUGCCACCUUUAUUGACAAUAAAAUUAUGUCUCAAUGGGAAGAAAAAGAUCCUUUGCUUCGGGUCUUUGACUCUCGGAUUGAGAAGAUGAGAUUGUAUAAUGUAAGGGCACCUACCUUGCGGACGUCUAUCUAUCAGAAAUGCAGCACUUUAAAAGAAGCAGCCCAAUCAAUUGAGCAAAGACUGAUGAAAAUGGAUCACACUGCAAUCCACCCGCAUUUACUGGAUAUGAAAAUUGGUCAAGGCAAAUAUGAGCAAGGGUUCUUUCCAAAGUUACAGUCUGAUGUCUUGGCAACAGGACCAACCAAUAACAAUCGCUGGGUCAGCCGCAGUGCCACCACACAGCGCAGGAAAGAACGCCUUCGCCAACACUCAGAGAACAUUGGACUGGACAACGAUUUGAGGGAGAAAUAUAUGCAAGAGGCACGAAGCUUAGGAAAAAACCUGAGGCAACCCAAAUUGUCAGACCUCUCUCCUGCAGUAAUUGCACAGACUAACUGGAAAUUUGUGGAAGGCUUAUUAAAAGAAUGCAGAAUGAAGACAAAGCGCAUGUUGGUAGAGAAGAUGGGACAUGAGGCAGUGGAGCUGGGCCAUGGGGAAGCAAACAUCACUGGUCUGGAGGAGAACACCCUGAUCGCCAGCCUCUGUGACUUGCUGGAGAGGAUAUGGAGUCAUGGCUUGCAGGUCAAGCAGUCCUUCUGGUCUUCUGCUGAGCUGAUUCUCUUCCCUUUGCCGGAUUCUUGCCAAGCUCCUCAACAAGUUGCCCUUGGACCAGAAAGAAGAAAGUCUGACUCAGGAGUUAUGUUACCUACACUCAGGGUCUCUCUCAUCCAAGACAUGAGGCACAUUCAGAGCAUGAGUGAGAUCAAGACUGAUGUGGGACGUGCUCGGGCAUGGAUCAGAUUGUCCCUGGAAAAGAAGCUUCUGUCCCAGCACCUCAAACAGCUGCUCUCUAACCAGCCGCUCACCAAGAAGCUCUAUAAGCGCUAUGCUUUCCUGCGUUGUGAAGAAGAGAGAGAACAGUUUCUGUACCAUCUCCUCUCCCUCAAUGCCGUGGACUAUUUCUGCUUCACCAGCGUCUUUACAACCAUCAUGAUUCCCUAUAGGUCAGUGAUCAUCCCAAUUAAAAAGCUGAGCAAUGCGAUCAUCACGUCAAACCCCUGGAUCUGUGUGUCAGGAGAGCUAGGAGAUACAGGAGUAAUGCAGAUUCCCAAAAACCUCCUGGAGAUGACUUUUGAGUGCCAGAACUUGGGGAAGCUUACCACUGUUCAGAUCGGUCAUGAUAACUCCGGACUGUUAGCCAAAUGGCUAGUGGACUGUGUUAUGGUCAGAAAUGAGAUCACAGGACAUACAUACAGAUUCCCAUGCGGGCGGUGGCUGGGCAGAGGCAUUGAUGACGGGAGCCUGGAGAGGGUCCUCAUCGGAGAGCUCAUGGCAUCCACAUCGGACGAGGACCUGGCGCGGCAGUGCCGCACUCCCCCACAGCAGAAGUCGCCCACAAGCGCCAGGAGACUGAGCAUCACCUCCCUGACAGGAAAGGCCACCAAACCCAAUGCUGGACAGAUCCAAGAAGGAAUUGGAGAAGCUGUGAACAACAUUGUGAAGCAUUUUCACAAACCUGAGAAAGAGAGAGGGAGCCUCACUGUGCUGCUGUGUGGAGAAAACGGACUGGUAGCAGCACUCGAGCAAGUUUUCCACCAUGGGUUCAAGUCCGCCCGCAUCUUUCACAAGAAUGUCUUCAUCUGGGACUUCGUGGAGAGAGCUGUAGCUUAUUUCGAAACCACUGAGCAGAUUGUGUACUGUGAGGCUGAUGCCCUUGUUCAGAGGUCGUCCUGCAAAACCUUCUGCCACUACGUGAGCUCAAUCAACGCUGCACCUAGGAGCAUCGGGAAAGACGGCAAAUUUCAGAUCCUAGUUUGCCUUGGAGCCCGGGACCACCUGCUCCCAGAGUGGAUCCCCUUGUUGGCCGAGUGUCCUGUGGUUUCCCGGAUGUAUGAGGACAGCGCGAUCCUGCGAGACCACAUGGCCGUCAGCACCCUCAUCCGCGUCCUGCAGACCAUCCAGGACUUCGCCAUUGUCUUGGAAGGCUCUCUCAUCAAAGGGGUGGAUGUGUAGCCUCGCAGUCCUGACCCUUGGCUUGCUGUCCCUUCUCCAGCCGUGGGGACCCCACUUGGGCCUGUGGCUGUGGUGAGCACCGGCAGGGCUCCCCCACCGUGGCCCCCAUGCCCAGCUCCACUCUGCAGCCUAGGCAAAGUGCCCUAUUGUAGUUCAUUUGAACCUGGAAUUUAGUAUAAAAUAGAGUAUUUUCAUGUGUUAGAUGUGUGUAAAUAUGCUAUCUUCUUUAAGAAAUUCUAUUACUCUAAUAAGAUACUUUUCCUAGAUUGACUAUUCCUGUGAUUUAAAAAAAAUGAAGUAGCUUAAAGUGGGGGGCAUGGGGUGGGGAGCGUGGUGCUAGUCAGGAAGAAGCCAGUGAACCUGUAAAUCCCCCACCACCAGCCACCCAGCAGUUCCAGAUGCAGCCGUCCUUCUGUCUGUCCAUCCACCCACCCUGCUGUCCUGUUCCCUGUGUGGAGAAUGAAUGUAUGCACUAUACCUGCUGUACCAUAGUCCUUGCUGUGUUCUAAGUUAUAAACCAUUUUAUAAGUC